AUGCGUGAUGCCAUUGUAACAUCUAGGUUGUCGACUUCUUCUGUGGGCGCAAAGUCAAACGAUGUGCCGAUAACAAUUGUUGGUAUAUCUGAUGGAGGCAACGGUGCAAACGUUCUUUACGCUCUUUCAUACACUGAUAGAAGCAAACCAUCUCUAGACGAAUUAAAAACAGAUAUUAGCGAAUCUCCCAAUUUCGACUUUAUUGCAGCUACAGAUAAAACUGCUCCAAAACUUGACGAACUCGAAUGUCUCGUAACGUCUGAUUUGUUUACAACGACAUCUUUCUCAACAAUUAUUUCCACUACUUCUCCAUUUGUUAAGCCUAGUGAACAGCCAAAUACUGGAAAAACUUCCCAACCAGCAUCCCCUGAAACUUCGACCAAUGUUCCUUUUGUCUCAACAGUUACCAGCAUUAUUAGUUCGAAUGUUCCAACACAAUCGCCAUCAUCAACCUUGGAAACCACAUCUGCGAAAACUGAUUUGUACUUUGAACGAGAUGUUAUCAUUUUAUUAGACUCGUCAACAUCAGUUCUAAAUGCAAACAACUUCAAUACUGUGAAAAAAUGGAUAACGAAUUCAUUAAUUCCAAAUUGGAAAAUUGAUCAGAAUAAUGUUCAAGUAGCGUUUGGAACAUAUUCCACGGACUAUUUUGAGGCUAUUUUAUCAUUUGACGAAAACUCUCAGGAAGAAGUAGUUGAAGUAAUUAAUGGAACUCAAUACUAUGGAAAAACAUUACCGAGUAUCACAAAUGGCAUUCGCAGUGCCCUUACAUUCAACAGUCAUCGCAACGUAAAUAUAACAACAAUCCUUAUUUCUUCAUCACAAGAUUUGGAAGAUAUUGAAACGGCACUCCAAUUUUCUCGCACGUUGAGUUCGUAUCCAAACCAGCUUGUUACAGUUAAUGUGAAGGCAUCCGACAACGGCCAGGAGCUUGGAUUUCUUUCAACUGGGCAAUCCCACUUUUUUGCUUCGUCAAACUUUGUUUUGACUGAUGACAUUGCAAAAUCAAUUACAAAUUACAUGUUUGAAGAUGAAACUACGACGAUUAAACCAACAACUGUCACGCCUAUUCCUGAUAAUACUUGUAAAACGGAUCAAAUUCAAUUUUUGCAAAUGCUCAUCAAAUCUUGGUCGAUAUCUCCAGAAACGACUGAAGGACAAGCAAUUCUUUAUUCCUCGACCGACGGUGGAAUGAUAAUUGAAAACGCAUUCAAUUAUCAAAGUGCUUCUGCAUUUGCAAAUGAGCUGCUUUCCUAUGACGAUUAUUAUUUUGCAAUGUCAGACCAGAGUAUUUCGGGUUCUCUUGAAUACCUUUCGGAAAAUUUGGGAAAUCGAAGAAGCGAAAGAUUGCAAACAACUAUUCUUGUGACUUACUCAAGUUCGAACGAUGAUGUUGAACAAGCUAUUCAUUACUAUAAUAUUGUUGGUGGCAAUUUGAUAGUGUUAGGAAUGAGGGAUGCCAAUCAAGAAAUAUUAUCAGCUUUAUCCGAAAAUAUUGUAGUUGCUCAGAAUUACACAACUGAUCUCAUUGAUAAGAUAAAUUCUCUGAUUUGCACAUUUGUGACCAGAACUAGAUAUGACACAACGAAAAAGUUCAUCGACCAAUUGAAUUUCAAUGAUGUUGAAAAUCAUGAGGAUUUUAAUACACUUGUGUCUACUAUCACUCCAUUCUUGGAUUUUCCAGUAUUAAAAUCUGCCUACGAGUUAGCCAUAAGAAUAAGUAAUCCAAUCCGCGACUUCGGAUCAAUGAGCACUGUUAUUUUCACAAGUGGAUCAUCGGAUGCUGAUUUCAACACCAUCUCGAACUUAUAUCACAAAUUAAAGGCCAAAGGGCAGGUUAUAAUCGUUGUGAUGAAUUCGGGAGAAGAUGCCCCGUACAAAAAUAUCAGUGACUCAGUUUUUCUGUGGCCCGAUACAACCCUGUAUGAACAGAUUGCCAAGGAUCUGAACCAACAGUUGAAUAAUGUAUAA